AUGUCAGCCUACGAAUACAUGGCCCAAAUACACCGACACAAACAGUCGGAUGUAAUGAGAUACCUCUUAAGAAUUAGAUGCUGGGAGUACAGACAGCGCAACAUGAUUCACCGGGCAGAAAGACCCACCUGUCCAGAUAAGGCCCGCAAAUUAGGAUAUAUACGCAAGGCCGGUAUAGUUAUUUAUCGCGUUAAGGUCCGCAGAGGAGGUAGACGUAAACUAGCCCGUAAAGGUAAAGUUAAUGGUAAGCCGGUUAACCAUGGUAUUUUCCAACAAAAACAGAAGAAGAGUUUACAAGCUUUGGCCGAAAUCAAAGUUGGUCGCAAAUUUGGUGGUUUACGUCUCUUAAACUCUUACUGGGUUGGUCAAGAUGCGACUUAUAAGCAUUAUGAAGUGAUUAUGGUUGAUCCUAUGGUUGAGAAUAUUAGACGGGAUAGUCGCUUAAACUGGAUUUGCAGUAGUAAGAUGAAGCACCGAGAAUGCCGUGGACUUACUUCUGCUACUAAGAAGAGUAGAGGUCUAGGCAAAGGUCGGCGGUUCAACAAGACAAUUGGUGGGUCACGCAAUGCUUGCUGGCGGCGGCAGAAUACGGUGUCGCUCUUGCGUUACCGAUGA